CCCUAGCUGUCAUGAUCAGCAUGACAAAAGCCGACCCAAGCCGUUGCGUGCGCGUCCACACGUUUAUUGUGCGCGCCGCCGUUCCUGCGGAAUUCAGGAGGUUGUGGACGGACACCCAAAGGCUCCACUCCACAGAAUAAUGAACAAUAAAUUUGACGCUCUUAAAGAUGACGAUAGUGGAGACCACGACCAGGACCAAGGCUCACCGAAAAACUGUGAGAAGGAAAAAAAUGAAGACGAAGACAAGGAACAGAACAAUGCCAAGAAAAAAAUGGUGGUACCAGGGCCCGGAGAGCAUCCCCUUCAGUACAACUACACCUUCUGGUAUUCAAGACGCACCCCAGGGAGACCUGCCAGCACCCAGAGCUACGAGCAGAACAUCAAACAGAUCGGCGGCUUUGCCUCGGUGGAGCAGUUCUGGAGGUUCUACAGCCACAUGAUCCGCCCAGGAGACCUCACGGGACACAGUGACUUCCACCUGUUCAAGGAGGGCAUCAAGCCCAUGUGGGAGGACGAUGCCAACAAGAUGGGAGGGAAGUGGAUCAUCCGGCUGAGGAAGGGGCUGGCAUCGCGCUGCUGGGAGAACCUGAUCCUGGCCAUGCUGGGGGAGCAGUUCAUGGUGGGGGAGGAGAUCUGUGGGGCUGUUGUGUCCGUGCGCUUCCAGGAGGACAUCAUCUCCAUCUGGAACAAGACGGCCAGCGACCAGGCCACCUCGGGCCGCAUCCGAGACACCCUGCGCAGGGUGCUCAACCUGCCCCCCAACACCAUCAUGGAGUACAAGACGCACACAGACAGCAUCAAGUAUAGCCUGGGUAGACUUCCAUGGUCUGGUGACUGCUAGCGGAGGUCGCUGAAGCCACUCCCCCCACCAACCCCACCCCCAGUGCCGACAGUAAGAAGCGCAUUAUUCUUUGUUUCCAAACCGAACGGUGCACCGUUUGAUCCCCAAUGUCUGAAGUCCACCUAGAGACAUCCGCACGCCUCCCUGCCUCCCAAUGUUUUCACGGUCCCUUUUUAGCCCUGGAUAAAGCUUCUGCAAUAUAACUAUAUAGUUAUUUUUCAAUUCCGUUUAAGGAUAAUUGGACGUUGACAAACCGCCUCUUCUGGCCCCCUUCCAGAACAGAGCCUGUCUGCUUUGUCUCAGGUGUUCAUGCCUGGGGUACGGCUGCUGUGCGUAGCUUGGGUGUUUUUUUUAAUAGCUAGGCGUUGACCGACAUGAACAUCACGACGACUCGAUGUCGUAUUGACGGAACGCAUUAUUUAUAAGUUAACUAAUUGAAUCAAUGAAUUGUGCAACGAAACAAACGGACAAUGGAAUAAGAAAAUCCAAACCUCAAUGAGGUCGAGGCGAGGCGGUAGCCACAAUGAGUUUGUUUGUUUCCUCUGCUGUGUAGAUGUGAUUGGAUGACGGCUUGGGGGAAGGAAAAGUCCAGGGAUGGACACCUCUGCUGCAACCAAGCAGAGUUUUAACAUGGAGACGGAGUGACUAAAAGGACAAGUAGCCCAACCUGCUUUGUCUUGCCAUGGAUCAUGAACUAUUGGAACUGAACCAAAAAAAAAAUGCAUUUGAGAGAACAUGGAUCUGAGCUGUCCGUUCGAGAGAGAAAUACUUUCUUAGUUUCAGGUGUGUGUGUGUGUGUGUGUGUGUGUGUGUGUGUGUGUGUGUGUGUGUGUGUGUGUGUGUGUGUGUGUGUGUGUGUGUGUGUGUGUGUGUGUGUGUGUGUGUGUGUGUGUGUGUGUGUGUGUGUGUGUCUUUUUAUUUAAAGAAAUGCGUAGUGCAACUGCCCUUGCUCACCACUAGAGGGAGCCUGUGGGACACGUUUGUUGAGCUGGCCAACAAAAGAAGAGUACUUGACUAGGGUUUCUAUGUGUCCAACAUAAGCUGAUCAGUGAUGUAAAACCGAUACGGUUUUAUUGUGUAAAACAAUCACACGUGCCCUUUGUCAAAAUUUAAGUAAAUUACAGAGACAGUUUUAUUAGCAAUCUGAGACAAACCAGAUCGCAGGUGUUAUUUUAUUAUAGUACUUUAUUUUAACUAUGAAACAUCUGGUUAUUUGAACUAGAAAUAUUAUUUGUCUACAAAAAUAUAUUUGUAAAAACGAAAAAAACAACUGACCACUCAAGAGAUUCGCCCUUUUGGAAUCAGAAACUAAGUUUCUUCUCCUUGUCCGUCUUAACCCCUGGACGAUGACUCUCAAAGGAUGAGCAAGACCCUAAAAAAAAAAAAGAUAAACGAGUCUGGCAGAGAGUCUGGAAGGUUCUGUGCCGUAGGCGUCUAUGGAAGGGACUGUCAAAGCUGCCUAUAUCACUGUGCCUGACCUGGGGCCCGCGCCCGCGCCCGCUGACCAGGUUCUCAUAACCUCCGACCUUCUGUGUGGCUAAAGGGUCCUUCGACCCGGGGGCCCCCGCUGUGCCGUCCUCUCACACGCACGGGAUGGAUGAACAGGGGCCCUGGCGGUGGACUGAUCCCACCAGACCCCUCCCAUGGUUGUCCUUUUGUACUGAGGAUUUGAAACUAGGAGCAGGGGCUUGGGACUCCUCCAGCCCCGUUACAGUUUUUCCACCAAUCCCUCUGGAUCUUUAAUUUGUUUUUACAGAAUUUCGGAGUUUGUUUUGUGCGUUAAACUGUAAUGCUGCCUAGGAUUGGAUACGUGGUGCUCGGAUCAGGUGUGGGUCAAAAACAAAAGAGGAAAAGUAUUGUCUGAUGUACACCUGAUGGAUUAUAGCAAUAAAUGUCAAAUAUGCAUCUGCUGCUAUAA